CCUGGCGUUGCACAGAAUAUAGAAGCCGUGGUAAUCAACGAAAGGCUGGGAAUUCUUACUUCUUUUAACUCAUGCUUACCCUGGAUCGAUCGAACCGCUGGCUCGAAGUUUGCCGCCGUUAGCGCUGGGGUUCACUACGGUGCCCUGAGCUGCUGCACCCUGAAUCGCUGCUUCGUCCUGGUAUCGUUGAUGCUAUGGGGCCAAUUGGGAGGUUAUAAAAGCUACAGUUAUCACGCUGAAACUACUGAUUUGCAUGUUCUUGGAGCAUUUCCUUUUUUUUCUUUUGGCUUGGGUGAUUCUCCUGGAAACAAAGCUUGAAAGCAUAUGAAUCUUUUUGGGGAAGAAUGCUGGGGUUUGGUUUUCUGGGAUAAAGGUGAAAUCGCGUUGAAGGGUUCACUCUCUGAGCUGGGAAAGCUGAGCAGAGGAACAGAUUAGGAAAUUCAGAAGGCUAUUUGUAAGAGUUCGCCGGCGAGAGCGAGGUCAAGCGAUUUGCCGGCGAUGCCACUGGGGUUUUUUUACAUGACAAAUUAACGAAAACUAAAAGUGAAUCGCGAUAAUUAAGUUAAAAUUUAGGAGUUUUAACGUGGCAAUUUGUCAUUGGGGUAGACAGCCACCAGCACAGGAGGCGCAAGAGGAAGACGUAAAACGGGAUUAAGAAAGAAGCAAAAGGCUAAAGCUUAUUGGUCGAACUUAUUACAUUGAAGGCCUAUCUAUACGACAUGGAGUAUGAUUCCGAUAGCCCCUCACAAGAUGGGAGGGAUGAAGAUGAUGAUGAAGAAUAUGAGGAGGCUGGCAAGGGCAAUCGUUUGCUGGGAUUCAUGUUUGGAAAUGUUGACAAUUCUGGUGAUCUUGAUGUCGAUUACCUUGAUGAGGAUGCAAAGGAGCAUCUUUCUGCACUUGCUGACAAGCUGGGUCCUUCCCUGACAGAUAUAGAUUUGUCAGGAAAAUCGCCACAAACACCACCAGACAUUGUCGAACAAGACUAUGGUGAGAAAGCUGAAGAUGCAGUUGAUUAUGAAGAUAUUGAUGAAGAGUAUGAUGGUCCAGAGACUGAAGCUGCAAAUGAAGAGGAACAUUUAUUGCCCAAAAAGGAUUUUUUUUCUGCUGAAGCCUCUCUUGAAGCUUUGAAAUCCAGAUCUUCUGUCUUUGAUGAUGAAAAUUAUGAUGAGGAAUCUGAAAAGGAGGAGGACUUGGUGAAUAACACUUCUGAAAUUAAUAACAUCUCUUCAACUGCAGAGCUGGUAGAGUCUCUUAUUGAUGCAUCUAAAGGAGAGAAAAGUCUAGAACUUGAAUCACAUGAUGGCUCACAGCAGUCUGAAGAAUUGGAUACUGACUCGCAAAAGCUCCAGGAGGAAGGGCCUGAAGUUUUGAAAGGUUCUACUCCUUUGCCUGUUUUAUGUGUGGAAGAUGGGAUGGUCAUUUUAAGGUUCUCUGAGAUUUUUGGUAUUCAUGAACCUUUGAGAAAGGGAGGGAGGAGAGAGCAACGACCUUCUAUUCCUAGAGAGAGAUACAAGUCCUUUAAUUUAUCUGAUAUUGUAGAAGAGGAUGAAGAGACAUUCUUCAGAGGUUCUUCUUAUAGUCUCCUACUAAAUAAACAGGCUUGUGUAGUUCAAAAUGGUAUAUCAGAAAGCAGUAAUGCAGACUCAGACUUGUCAAAAUUUGGAUUUCUUCAUGGGGUUGCCUCAAUGUCCGUGAAAGAUGGACCACAACAGAAGCACUCUUGUCUUAGUGGUGAACCAAUGAAACAUGAUUGCUCAGGCCUUUCUUGGGAAGGGCAUUCUCUCUUUUGCUCUGACUUUUAUCCCCUUGAUCAGCAAGACUGGGAAGAUGAAAUCAUUUGGGGAAAUUCCCCUGCUGUAAGUGACAAUAAUCUUGAGAGCUCUGAAAUUUCUGGACCUACUUUGGGACCUCUAGGGUGUGAUGGAGAAAUUGAAAGUGGGAUGCAAAAUAUCCAGUUGGAGCUGCCGAAGGAAUUGGAAGAAAGAAAUCAUGGUGUUUUCAUGUGCAGCUCUCCUGUCUCAUUAGAGCCCUUUGGCUCAAGAGAUUCUUCAGGAGCUAAAGCCAAUUCAUUGUCAAAGAGCCUAUUUCACCCGCAACUAUUGAGGUUAGAAUCCAGGCCUGAAGUGGAUGCCUCUAAUCCUGCCGAUGACAGAAGGGAGAAUAUAUCUGAGGAGCAUAAUCAAAAUGGACUAGCAAAGCAUUGCACCAAACUUGCCUUGCAAAACCAGGAUAUGAUGGAAGGGUCUUGGUUAGACAACAUUAUAUGGGAGGAGGUCAAUAGACCUAUUGUGAAACCAAAGCUUAUCUUUGAUCUUCAGGAUGAUCAAAUGCACUUUGAAGUUUUGGAUAGUAAAGAUGGUAGGCAUCUCCGCCUGCAUGCAGGAGCAAUGAUUUUAACUCGUCCUUUAAGAUCGAGCAGUGGAGAUUCUUCUGAGCUACCUGGACAUGGAAAUCAGUAUGGAUGGCGAUCCAUUGCUAAUGAUAAACAUUAUUCAAACAGGAAAACUUCCCAGCAACUUAAAUCAAAUUCGAAAAAGCGCUCAGCUCAUGGUGUAAAAGUUUUUCACUCUCAGCCUGCGCUGAAGCUUCAGACAAUGAAAUUGAAACUGAGCAACAAAGAUAUUGCUAAUUUCCACCGACCAAGAGCUUCGUGGUAUCCCCAUGACAAUGAGAUGGCUGUCAAAGAACAAGGGAAACUACCAACGCAAGGACCGAUGAAAAUUAUCAUGAAGAGCUUGGGCGGCAAGGGGAGUAAGCUGCAUGUUGAUGCUGAAGAAACUCUCUCUUCCAUUAAAGCAAAAGCAUCUAAAAAGCUAGAUUUUAAGCCACUGGAAACAGUGAAAAUAUUUUAUCUUGGGAAGGAACUUGAAGAUCAGAAAUCACUUGCUGCACAAAAUGUUCGACCAAAUUCCUUGUUGCAUCUUGUUCGUACAAAGAUACAUUUGUGGCCUAGGGCACAGAGGCUUCCCGGUGAGAACAAAUCCUUGCGUCCACCUGGGGCAUUCAAGAAAAAGUCUGAUCUAUCUGUUAAAGAUGGACAUGUUUUUCUAAUGGAGUACUGUGAGGAAAGACCUUUAUUACUGAGCAAUGCUGGAAUGGGUGCCAGACUUUGUACGUACUAUCAAAAAUGUUCUCCAGAUGAUCAAGGUGGCUCUUUAUUACGCAACACAAAUAGUAGUUUGGGGCAUGUGAUUUCACUGGAUCCUGCUGAUAAAUCUCCAUUUCUUGGAGAUUUGAAACCUGGCUGUAGUCAGUCAUCACUGGAGACAAACAUGUACAGGGCACCCAUAUUUCCUCAUAAAGUGCCACUAACUGACUACCUGCUAGUUCGGUCAUCAAAGGGAAAGCUAUCGUUAAGACGGAUUGAUAAAAUUAAUGUUGUUGGACAGCAGGAGCCUCUUAUUGAGGUAUUGUCACCUGGUAGUAAGAAUCUUCAGACAUAUAUGAUGAAUAGGCUGCUGGUGCACAUGUGCCGUGAAUUUCAAGCUGCAGAGAAACGUCGCUUACCUCCAUACAUUCGUGUUGAUGAGCUGCUGUCACAGUUUCCUUACCUAUCAGAAGCUUCUUUUCGCAAGAAAAUUAAGGAAUAUGCUAUUUUACAGAAGGGAGCAAACGGACAGUCAAUUUUGGUUAAAAAGCGAAAUUUUCACAUGUGGUCGGAGGAUGAAUUGAGAAAAAUGGUGACGCCAGAGCUUGUUUGUGCUUAUGAAAGCAUGCAAGCUGGUCUCUACCGUCUAAAACAUUUGGGAAUUACUGAAACUCAUCCUACUAAUAUAUCUUCUGCUGUGAGUCGGCUUCCUGGUGAAGCAAUUGCACUGGCUGCCGCAUCUCACAUUGAGAGGGAGCUGCAAAUCACUCCAUGGAACCUGAGUAAAUUUGUUGCCUGCACAAGCCAGGGAAAGGAAAAUAUUGAGCGAAUGGAAAUCACCGGUGUUGGUGAUCCAUCUGGGCGUGGUUUGGGUUUCAGCUAUGCUCGGGCUCCUCCAAAGGCACCAGUGUCAAGUGCAGUGGUGAAGAAGAAAGCAGCUGCUGCCAGGGGUGGUUCCACUGUCACUGGAACAGAUGCUGAUCUACGCAGAUUAAGCAUGGAAGCUGCACGAGAGGUUCUUCUUAAGUUCAAUGUUCCUGAGGAAGUCAUUGCAAAACAAACCAGGUGGCAUCGCAUUGCUAUGAUACGCAAACUUUCAAGUGAGCAAGCAGCAUCUGGAGUUAAGGUUGACCCAACAACUAUCAGUAAAUAUGCUCGUGGCCAGCGAAUGUCCUUUCUUCAGUUACAACAGCAGACCAGGGAGAAGUGCCAGGAGAUUUGGGACCGACAAGGUCAAAGCCUUUCAGCUGCGAAUGGUGAUGAAAAUGAGAGUGAUUCUGAAGGAAACAGUGAUCUGGAUUCUUUUGCUGGUGAUCUGGAAAAUUUACUUGAUGCUGAAGAGUGUGAAGAGGGAGAAGAGGGUACCGAUGAUUUUAAACGUGACAAGGCUGAUGGUGUUAAGGGUCUUAAAAUGAGAAGACGUCCAACCUUAGCCCAGGCAGAGGAGGAAAUAGAAGAUGAAGCUGCGGAGGCUGCUGAACUAUGCAGAUUACUUAUGGAUGAUGAUGAAGAUGAGAGGAAGAAAAAGAAAAAGACUAAACUUGUGGAGGAAGCAGGAGUAAUUUCAAAACUACAGUCAAGAUUUGUCUUUGACAACACAGAACAGGUUAAGCAAAUAACUAAUACUGUGCAACUAGAUGGAGCCAAUAUAUUGAAAGAAAAUACUGUUACAAAUAUCAGGGAGGAGGAUGGUAUUUCUGCUAAAAAAAGCAAAUCAGUGAAGGUCAAUAAAACUAAGAAGAGUGACCUUUCACCUAUUAGUGUGGCGAAUAAGAAAAUAAAGUUAAAUAUUGGGGAACCACCAAAGGUAUUCAAGGAGAAAAAGCCAUCAAGGGAAAGUUUUGUUUGUGGGGCAUGUGGUCAGCUUGGGCACAUGAGGACAAACAAGAACUGUCCAAAAUAUGGUGAAGAUCUGGAAGCACAACCUGAAUCUAUAGACAUGGAAAAAACCGGUGGAAAAUCAAGCUUGUUGGAUCCUUCUGGUCAGUCCCAGCAAAAAGCCGUUUCCAAGAAGCUUAUUUCAAAAAGCUCAUCGAAAAUUGCUCUGGUUGAGGCUUCUGAGGGAGAAAAAACUAGUUUGAAGGCAAAAGUUCUUCCAGUGAAGUUCAAAUGCAGCUCCACUGAAAAACCUGUUAUUGAAGCCACACAAAGCUCUGAUAAGCCAGUCACUUCUGACUCAGAAACUGCCAAAUCUGCUAAGAUUAGUAGAAUCUUAAUUCCCAAAAAAGUGAAGCCAGAUGAUAUGAAAGCUGAAUCUCGUAGGCACGCUAUUGCUAUACGCCCUCCAGCUGAUCCAAGUAGAAGUCAAGUCGAUUCUCAUAAGCCGUCAAUUAUAAUACGGCCACCUACAGAAACAGAUAGGGAGCAACCUCAAAAGAAAAUUAUUAUAAAACGCACAAAGGAUGUUAUUGACCCAGACCAGUUCAGUCCUGGUGAAAACAUGGGAUUUGAGCACAGGAAAACAAAAAGAAUUGUUGAAUUGUCAAAUUUUGAGAAGCACAGAAAACAGGAGACCAUGUAUAGGGCUGAAGCCGCUCUGGCAAAACAUAAAGCUAAAGAGGACAGAAGAUGGUGGGAUGAACAAGAGAAGAGGAGAAAAGAAGAAAGACUUCGAGAGGAACGGGCAAGGAGGCUUCAUGAGGAAGAAAUGAGGAUGCUAAAAGAGCAAGAAAGGUUAGCUGAGUUAAAAAGAUACGAAGAAGAUAUUAGGAGAGAGAGGGAGGAAGAAGAACGGCAAAAAGCAAAGAAGAAGAAGAACAAAAAAGCGGAGUUUAGAGAUGAGUAUAUAGAUGACCACAGAACAAGAAUUAAUAACAGAGUGUUAGAAAGAGAACGAAGUGGAAAAAGAAGAUCCGUUGUUGAGUUGGGAAGAUAUGCAGCUGAAUACACACCGCCACCAAAACGGCGGAGAGGUGGAGGGGGGGAGGUUGGUUUGGCAAAUAUUUUGGAGCGCAUUCUCGAGGCACUCAAAGAACGGUAUGACCUGUCAUACCUUUUUUUGAAACCCGUGUCAAAGAAAGAAGCUCCCGACUACCUGGACGUUAUAGAGAGGCCAAUGGAUCUUUCAAGAAUCAGGGAUAGGGUGAGGAAUAUGGAGUACAAAAGCCGGGAAGAUUUUAGACAUGAUGUGUGGCAGAUUGCGUAUAAUGCCCACAAAUAUAACGACGGGAGAAACCCAGGAAUUCCUCCUCUUGCGGAUCAGCUUUUAGAGUUGUGUGAUUAUUUGUUGAAUGAGAAUGACGAUAGCCUAACUGAAGCUGAAGCUGGUAUUGAAACUAGGGAUUUCUAGGAUAUUCUUUAUGUUUAGAUCACAUCUUUGGUAGUGAUGUUUCAGCUUAUGUUUAGAUCAUGUAAAGUGUAGAAGGGAAUUUUUAUUUUUUACUUCAGAAAAAAAAAAGCCUCUUGUACUAUUUUUUAUGCAAUUAUAGGGGGAUUUUGUAUAGAAGCAGAAGGGCGGCAUUGUAUCAUCAUGUAAUUUUCUAUUGUAUCAGAGAGAGCGAAAAAUGCAGCCGUCAAUGGAGAUGUCAUUUUAUUCUAUUUAUUUUUCA